AUGACGCAGUCGAUCGCGGUUUCUGUUCUGGGACUAGUUCCCGAGCACCUGCCGCCAACACCGCCGAACCACCAGUCAAUCAACAUGGAAAGUCCUCACGAACACCAGCAGAAUGUUCUGCUCUCCCGAAUCAUCACCAAUGUUGAGAAACUGAACGAGGCCGUCAUGAUGUUGAACAAAAGCCUGCAAGAAAUUAAUAUCAACAAUAUGGAUGUUGAGCUCGUCGCCCAGAUGUUCAAAAACUACCAGUCCAAUGUUCUCUUCCAUCUGGAGGCGACCGAUAAUCUCCGCGAGGCCUCAUGA